AUGGAAGUGAUGGUGGUUCUGGAAGUUGAAAAUGGUUGUUUAAAAUCUGGAACUCUACAAGAAAGAAAUGUGGUGGAUCUUAUUCCGAAUGCUUAUAGAUGUGUUAGUUAUUAUUUAAAACAUGUUGACAAUAUAUGUAACGUCUGUUUAUUGGUUAAAACAAAUGGCUUUUGCCCUGCACGAAGCUGCACAAUCGAAGAUGUUUAUAGCUCUCGGUAAGGAAUUGAUCUCUUUUUCCAUUUUGUAGAUUUAUCUUGGUACUCUCUCUAUAAUAACUAAUCUGCACUCAAAUAUAUGAUUUUCAAUGAUUCUAUAAUUACAUAGACGUAUCUUCAUGUAGAAGUAGUGAGGACUGCCAAACCAUUUUUGUCACGAGUGGUUAGCUGUCUGAUUGCAUUUGAAAAUUUAACCCGGUUUAAAUUUGAUAUUUUUGAAU